AUACAUCUUAAACCCUCCUGUGCCGUCUUAUGCGCUUUUAGGCUUUUUCUCUUGGUAAAAUUGCGUGUUAGUUACAGCGUUAGCGAUGGGAGAAGCUGAGACACGUCAGAAAUUACUGCGCAACGUUAAGAAAGAGGUGAAACAAAUUAUGGAAGAAGCAGUAACAAGAAAAUUUGUGCAUGCAGACAGCAGCCACAUCAUAUCAUUUUGUGCUAUAGUGGAAGCAUGUGUGCUACAUGGACUGAAGCGCCGUAUAGCUGGUUUGUUGUGCACUAAUAAAGUGGCAGCUCUAUUUAUGAAGGUGGGCAAGAACUUUUCACCAGCUGAACAACUUUGCCAGAAGGUCCAGGAGUUGGAACAACUCAUCGAAAACAACAAACACAACAGCUCUUCAGUUAGUAAUGAUCGCAGCCGUCAGUCCAAACUGGGUAACCUCCCACCACAGGCACUGAAACAUCUCUGGAUUCGAACUGCACUGAUGGAAAAGCUCUUAGACAAAAUAGUUCUGUACUUGGUAGAGAACUGCAGCACUUAUUAUGAGAAGGAAGCCAUGCUGAUGGAUCCUGUAGAUGGACCAAUUCUUGCAUCACUUCUGGUUGGACCAUGUGCUCUGGAGUACACCAAAGUAAAGACAGCAGACCACUACUGGACAGACCCCUCUGCAGAUGAGCUGGUGCAGCGACAUCGCAUUCAUAGUGGACACUGCCGGCAGGACUCCCCCUCCAGACGGCCAGCUCUGAUCCAGAAAAGGCAGUCCAGUGGAAGUAUGGAUGACCGGCCUCUCACGUGGGUGAGAGAAUAUGUGGAAUCACUUCAUCAGAACUCCAGAGCCACUCUGCUUUUUGGCAAAAACAAUGUUCUUGUACAGCCGAGAGAUGAUAUGGAGGCUAUCCCGGGAUACCUUUCUCUUCAUCAAACUGCUGACCUGAUGACUCUAAAAUGGACACCCAAUCAACUGAUGAAUGGCAACAUGGGUGAACUGGACUCAGAAAGAAGUGUGUAUUGGGACUAUGCCAUGACUAUACGUUUGGAGGAGAUUGUGUAUCUCCACUGUCAUCAGCAAGUUAACAGCGGGGGCACCGUUGUUUUGGUAAGCCAAGAUGGGAUUCAGAAACCUCCGUUGCAUUUUCCCAAAGGAGGCCAUUUACUCCAGUUCCUCACAUGUUUAGAGACUGGACUACUACCUCAUGGACAGCUGGAUCCUCCCCUGUGGAACCAGAGAGGAAAGGGAAAGGUUUUCCCAAAACUAAGAAAAAGGAGUCCACACGGCUCCUGUGACUCCGUAUCAGAUAAAGAGGAUGAUGAAGCAACAGAUUAUGUGUUCCGUAUCCUCUUUCCUGGUAAUCAAAUGGAGUUCAACCAUUUAGCAUCCCCUCUUCUGUGUGUCCAUUUCGCAUUAUGUUCACAUAAUCUUUGUGGAGCCCAUGUAUGGACAAACAUUUCAUCUUCAUCGACUUGGUUUGUUUUGCUUUGUUUUAAGUUUGACCCUCUAGUUUACAGAAAGACAAUGAUAUUCAAUUACAAAUUUAAGUCCUGUCUUACAGUGGCGCUUGAGCUGAUGGACCAAGGUGUCAACAUGUGGCAGCCAACCCAAAGGAAGUCCUCUUGUUCCUCCUGCUCACAAAACGGCUCCUCUGACAGCUCACUACCCAAUGGCUGUAAUCAAGAGAGAGCUCCAAUAAAGCUUCUGUGUGACACCAUGAAGUACCAGAUCAUUUCUCGGGCCUUCUAUGGAUGGCUUGCGUACUGCCGACACCUAUCCACGGUACGGACACACCUCUCUGCUUUGGUUAAACCCAUUAUAGUGGACCCAGAUAUUCCCACAAAUGCACAAAUAGGUCUAUCUCCUGAAGUCUGGGGAACAUUCCUCCAAGACAGCUCGGCCUAUGAAGAAAGAGAGAUCCAUCGCCUGGUGUACUUUGGUGGAGUGGCUCCAUCUCUGCGUAAAGAAGUCUGGCCUUUCCUGUUGGGACACUAUCACUUCACAAUGACAGAGAGAAACAGGAUAGAGAUUGACAGUCAGAUGCAGACCAUGUAUAAGCAGAAUAUGAAGGAGUGGCAGGGUUGUGAGGCCAUAGUCCGUCAGCGAGAGAGGGAGAAACACGCUGAGGCUCUGGCCCGCUGUUUAUCUGGAGCCAGUGUGGAGAGGGGCCCAGUUCAGCGGGAUUCCACUAUUAGCACUGAUUCUUCUCUCAGUUGUAGCACAGAUCACCAUAAUACCCAUUCUCUGAGUGAUUCCAGCAGCAGUGCACAGGUAUUUGAAUCUAUUGAGACAACGGAGCAGAUUGAGCUGCUGGCGUCAAGUGAGGGACAAGAUGGCGGCACCACUUCCUCAAAUAAAGACAACCAAAGUAGUGUUUCAGAAGCUCCCCCAGAGGAUGAACUUCUCAAUUCUGCUCCACGCUGCAAGCCAUUUGAGAAUGAAUUAACAAAUAAAUCUGUCAUCUCUCAGCCAGUGUCAGCCACAGAGGAAGCCAAACCUGAGCCACUCCCCUCCAAUGAAUCAGUUAGUGAAGUUGAACCUUUACAGACAGAAAAAGCAGAAGAAUCAAAUCAAAGCACAAUUCAUGUUGCAGAUGAUGUUUUGGAGACUAGUAGCACCAAACAACAAUCUGAAACUCAAGAGAAUGAAAGUACUGCGGAGGGGAAAAUAAUGAACAAUAACGCAUCAAUCGAUAUAAAAGCUGUAGACACAAAUAUGAAUUUAAGGCCCACUACAGAAACCACUGAUGUGCUCAAGUUAGAAACAGAGAUUCACAAUGAAUAUUUUCAAGCUCCCCCACUUGGUCAAACCUUGACAUUACAGGCCAAAAAAUUCAAAACCUUUAUUGCAAAAACUUCUCCUGAUAAAGACAGUCUUGCAUCUAGUGUCCACAUUUCCUCACAGAUGUCACCAAUCAAAACUUGCUUCAGUGAGUCUGAAAAGAGAGAGCCCACACCAUCAGCACCAGACUCAGAAACCAUUAAAGAUAAAGCAGCUGAAAUAUCCUGUGAGAAACUUGGGUCAAAUUCACCUGUUAGGCAAGUCCUCAAUGCUCUACAGUCAGCAUCCAGAGGGAGCCUGUCGCUGUCCAGACAGUCCCCAGACACAGCAGACUCAGAUGACUCUCCCUCAGCCUUGGAAAUGGAGGACAUCCCAGCUGGAAUAACAUGUGUGACUUCAGAAGAUACCAGAGGCAGACCCUUGACAGUUCUGGCAGCACCACCUCUCCGACUGACUCAAAGGCAGAAGGCUGCGUCAGAAGAACUGGAUCACCAUCUGGACACCGCCGGUAACACCAGUCCUGAAGGCACCGACGUAGGCCUAUCUGAAGAGGAGCUGGAGAUGGAGAAUGUGCUCUCUGAAGCAAAGGCUAUCGACAUACAUGGAGACAUCAAGUGCAAAGAGCCUUCUGAAGAACAAGCCUAUUCGCAGGAACAACUGGACAUGUACCUAAUAAACUUGCACCGUAUUGACAAAGAUGUGCGACGUUGUGACAGAACAUACUGGUAUUUCACCCCCGAAAAUCUAGAAAAGCUUCGUAACAUCAUGUGCAGUUAUGUCUGGCUGCAUCUUGAUAUAGGUUAUGUCCAGGGAAUGUGUGACCUGCUUGCCCCUCUUCUCGUUAUUCUAGAUGAUGAGGUUAUGGCGUUUAGUUGCUUCACUGAACUGAUGAAAAGAAUGAACCAGAACUUUCCUCAUGGUGGUGCCAUGGACACCCAUUUUGCCAAUAUGCGUUCUCUUAUCCAGAUCCUGGACUCUGAGUUGUUUGAAUUGAUGCAGCAGAAUGGAGACUACACCCACUUCUACUUCUGUUAUCGCUGGUUCUUGCUUGACUUUAAAAGAGAAAUGGUGUAUGAUGAUGUGUUCGCUGUGUGGGAAACAAUUUGGGCAGCCUUGCACACAUCCUCUGAGCAUUUUGUGCUCUUUAUUGCUCUUGCCCUUGUAGAGAUGUACAGAGAUAUCAUCUUGGCGAAUAACAUGGACUUCACAGACAUCAUCAAAUUUUUCAAUGAAAUGGCAGAGCGACAUGACGUACCCAAAGUCCUCAAUAUGGCUCGUGACUUGGUACACAAGGUGCAAACACUCAUAGAAAACAAGUAAUCAUGUCAUGGAGAUUGAAUCACUGUACAAAACACACAGAGAACAUUAGUGUUUCUGUCAUUUGAGGAAAGAAAUCAACAAGAAACAGUUGGUGCACUUAAAUGUGAAACUCCUAUUUUAAAACACGUCUUUAUGGUUGCACUUUAAUGUAAUUUAAGAGAAUACAGUGAUUGUCAGUAAAUGUAAAUUGUAGCCAUUGUAAUAGUACUAGUUGUGAAUGUGUCCUAGUAAAAUCUGCUACAGGAUGUGAUUUGAUUUGCCUUAAAUUUAAAAAUUUUCAGGGAUGCUGCAAUCCAAUUUACCAAUGUAUCACAAGGCAAUGUAAAAACAGUCUUUAUGAAAUUGUAGCUAGCGUGGUUCUAUAUGCCUCGCAAUUCAGUGUUUAGUGUCAGAUUUGUUUUAAACAUAUGACGUAGCUAUGAUUAAACCUCUUGCCAUAUAUGCACCUGAGUUAAAAGUGAUCAUUAUUUUGAUUCAUACUGUUCCCACCACCAUAAACCUCUCUGGUAAGAUGUGUGCCCGCUGGUUUGCUUCACCAAGCCAUUCAUUGAUCUGUUCAAGUCCUUUUGAGCCCAUAAUGGUUUGUAAUGUUACAAGCUUUAGGUUUGAGGUUUGUGCAUUAGAUGAAUGCCAAUAUUGUUUAUGGAGUUCCAUUAUAUGGUAGUGUUACAUACAAAUCAUUAUUAGCUGAUUAAUGCAUUUAUUAAACUUUAUCUAGCUGUUGGUAAAUUUUGCGUUUACACCCUCCAGGGUACAGUCAAGUGUGCUCAAUUAUACCUAAGAUUUUUUGAGUAAUCAUAAUCUUAACUUGCUUUUAACGUCAGACACUUAAAUAUAAUUAUUUUCUUUUUUUAAACUACACUACUCACUACUGUUAAUCUCGCAGGCAGUGUGCGUUAUUCACUGCGGGCUUUAAAUUGCACGCUAUGCCACUUGCAGUAGAACUUGACAUUGGCUUUACAAUAUAGAAAAAGAUACAUGAGUCAUGAAAGUUUAACACGGUAUUUUAACUACACUGAAAGAGUUUUGGCUGGUUUACAUAAACAUGCCCAUUUUACAGUUUAUGGUGUUUGUGUGGAGAAAAAAAAAAUCUAUUGUGUUUGACCUUUUCAGAUUAUAUAUUCAACUAAAUCUAUUGUCAUCUAAAUAUUUUAUUUUUGCAGUGCUGUCUG